AUGGUGGACGCAGCAGCAGCGGAGCAGUUCCUGGACGCCAACCCGCAGUUCGCCAAGCAGUACUACGACAUCAACUUCCGGCCUAAGGUCAUCUCAGACCUGCUGGACAACAACCGUAAGACGGCGGUGAACAUCAACACGUUUCACGAGCUGACGAUGGUGGAGGAGAGUGAAAUCCUCUUCGACUUGGUGCGGGACAUCCAGGACAACCUGCAGAUGGAGAAGUCGGUCUUCAACCUCAUGAAGCACCUCAGCUUCAUGAUGAGGGCCGACCGCAUGAGCCUCUUCAUGUACCGGCAGAGGAACGGUGUGGCCGAGCUGGCAACAAGGUUAUUUAACGUCAAUAAGGAUUCAGUGUUCGAUGACUGUCUGGUGCAGCCGGACAGUGAGAUCGUGUACCCGCUGGAUAUUGGCAUCGUGGGUCACGUGGCCUCCUCCAAGAAGAUGGUCAACAUUCCUAAUGUGUCGGAGAGUCCCCAUUACAGUGAAUUUGUGGACGAGCUGACAGAGUAUAGGACCAAGAACAUCCUCGCCGUCCCCAUCAUGAACGGUAAAGACAUGGUGGCCGUCAUGAUGGCCAUCAACAAGUUGGAUGAGCCGCACUUCACGACCAAAGAUGAAGAGACCCUGAACAAGUAUCUGAACUUUGUGAACCUGGUGCUGAGAGUUUUCCACCUGAGUUACCUGCACAACUGUGAGACCAGGAGAGGCCAGGUGCUGCUGUGGUCGGCCAGCAAGGUGUUUGAGGAGCUGACGGACAUCGAGAGGCAGUUCCACAAAGCCUUGUACACAGUCAGAGCUUUCCUCAACUGUGACCGCUACUCUGUGGGUCUGCUGGACAUGACCAAGACCAAGGAGUUCUUUGACUUGUGGCCUGUUCUGAUGGGAGAAGUUCCACCGUACGAUGGACCCAAAACUCCUGAUGGCAGGGAAAUCAUCUUCUACAAAGUGAUUGACUACAUCCUCCACGGAAAAGAAGACAUCAAAGUUAUACCGGGUCCUGCAGCAGAUCACUGGGCUCUGUCCAGCGGCUUACCAACCUACGUUGCAGAGAACGGACUGAUCUGUAACAUAAUGAACGCAGGACAGGACGAGUUUUUCAACUUCCAGAAAGAGCCUCUGGAUGAUUCUGGAUGGACGAUCAAGAACGUCCUGUCUUUGCCAAUCGUCAACAAGAAAGAAGAGAUAGUGGGCGUGGCCACGUUCUAUAACAGGAAGGAUGGGAAACCCUUUGAUGAAAUGGAUGAAACGCUGAUGGAGUCGCUGACCCAGUUCCUGGGCUGGUCUGUGCUGAACCCCGACACCUACGACAGGAUGAACAAGCUGGAGAACAGGAAGGACAUCUUCCAGGACAUGGUGAUGUACCACGUCAAGUGUCGCAAGGAUGAAAUCCAGAACGUUCUGAACACCAGGGAGAGAUGGGGGAAGGAACCGGAUGAGUGCGAGGAGGAGGAGCUCCAAGAGAUUCUGUCGGAGGUUUUGCCGAACUCUAAGAAAUCUGAGAUCUUAGAGUUUCACUUCUGCGACUUUGAACACAGUGAACUGGACCUGGUGAAGUGCGGCAUCAAGAUGUACUACGAACUGAAAGUGGUGGACAAGUUUCAUAUCCCCAGAGAGGUGCUGGUGAGGUMCAUGUACUCGCUGAGUAAAGGCUACAGGAGGAUCACUUACCACAACUGGAGGCACGGAUUCAACGUGGGACAGACGAUGUUCACUCUGCUGAUGACAGGUGAUCUGAAGCGUUACUACACGGACCUGGAGUGUAUGGCCAUGGUGACCGCCGGCUUCUGCCACGAUAUCGACCACAGAGGAACCAACAACCUCUACCAGUUGAAGUCUGGUAAUCCUCUGGCGAAGCUUCAUGGCUCCUCCAUCUUGGAAAGACACCAUCUGGAGUUUGGCAAGACUCUGCUGAGAGAUGAAUCAUUGAACAUUUAUCAGAACCUGAACCGACGUCAGCACGACACCGUCAUCCACCUCAUGGACAUCUCCAUCAUCGCCACUGACCUGGCUCUCUACUUCAAGAAGAGGACGAUGUUCCAGAAGAUCGUGGACCAGUCCAAGACUUACGAGAACUGGAACGACUGGACCAAGUACAUGAUGCUGGAGACCACGCGUAAAGAGAUUGUCAUGGCCAUGAUGAUGACGGCCUGUGACCUGUCUGCCAUCGCCAAACCGUGGGAGGUCCAGAGCAAGGUGGCGCUGUCUGUAGCUGCAGAGUUCUGGGAGCAGGGAGACCUGGAGAGGACGGUCCUGGAGCAACAACCCAUUCCGAUGAUGGACAGAAACAAAGCGGACGACCUGCCGAAGCUUCAGUGUGGUUUCAUCGACUUUGUCUGCACGUUUGUGUACAAGGAGUUCAGCCGCUUCCACGUGGAGAUCACCCCGAUGCUGGACCGCCUGCUGAACAACAGGAAGGAGUGGAACGCCCUCAAGGAGGUGCACGAGGCCAAAAUGGCCGCCAUCGAGGCAGUCAAGAAAGCCAAGGAGGAGGAGGCUCAGAAUGCUGCUGGAGCCAAACAAGCGAGCGCAGCCCAGUCACAAUCAAAGACUUGUAUUCUCAGCUAAAGAUGCUACGACAGCAGCACGUCGCUCU